CUGACCCGGUCGGGCCGCAGGACACCGCGGGCGCCCACGGCGACGGUCCCGGGUGGCAAAUGGGCGGCUUCGGAACAGCGUCCUCCGUGGCGCCCUCCGCUCCCCCACGCUCGUGUCCGAGCCUCUUAGAAAACUCAAAGAUGCAACAGAAAAAUGUCUGAUCGGGAAGAAGAAUUUGGUGCUCAGAAUGCUGUUACUGCGUCAGAAGAAAAUGAUGAUGCUUUUGAGACUAUCACUGUUCCAGUUUCCUCGGAGGAGCUUCCAGAGUCAGGUCAAGCAGAAGGCAGUGAAUCUGAACUCACACCAUCCAGUGAAGGCCGCACAACACGUGUUAAAGAGGAAAAUGACCAGAGCUUCUUGAACGAGGAGCCAGAAGAUGAAGAACAACUCAUGGAAGAAGUUUUGUUCCCCAGACGAGUUUCAUACUCUCGAAGAAAUUCUAUAAAGCAUAAGUUCACUAAACAUGACAAUGCAGUGCAGUCAGCCAAACAGUUUUCACAUGCUGGAUCUCUGGCAUUUCUGGAUAAGAUAAAGGCGAUAAAGGAAUCUCUGAAAGCAUCGAUGAAAGAUCCUUUAGCAACAGUGAAAGUUGUACUUUUUCCUGUGGGCCAGGAAAUUAUAAUGCCUUUUAAAAUAGACACCGUUGUAAAAUACCUCAAGGAUCAUUUUUCAUACCAAUUACUUAUUCCAUCCGAUAUACUGCAGAUAAGAUAUGCAGGAAGGAUUCUUAAAAAUAAUGAGACUCUACUGCAAUAUGGAGCUAAGCCACAGGAUAUUGUACAGGUGGAAAUCUUUUCUACAGAUCCAGAUCUAUUUCCAAUCAAAAGAAUACAUGGAUUAACUGAUGCCUCUCAAAUCAUAACUGUCAAAGUACAAACUGGCAUUGCUCAGUACCAGGAGGUACCUGUUGAGAUUAUUAAAUCUGACUUUCACAAACCAUUUCUUGGUGGAUUCAGACAUAAAAUAACAGGAAUAGAAUAUCAUAAUGCUGGAACACAAACUGUACCUAAAAAGAUUCCUGAAAAAGACAAUGUAUUUUGUAGAGAUACCCAGACAGUUUUUCUGAGAAAAAAGCUCCAACAAACUACAAAUACAACAUCCACACAGAUGACUAAAAUUGGUGUGUAUGUAUCAAAUAUGACUGAUAAACUGGUGAUACCAGGAAAAUAUUUUUCAGCAGCAGAAUACCACGCUCAAAGAUUACAGGCAGUCAUAGUGUUACAGACUUACUAUAGACAGUGGCAUGCUAAAGUCAUAGUAAAGGAUUUAAAAAGACAGAAAAUGUUAAGGUUGAAGUGGGAAGCAGAGGAAGAACUAAGGAAGAAAAGAGAAAAAGAAGAAUGGAUUAAAUUGGACUAUUACCGGAGGCAUAAUCCUCAAACAAAAGAAGAUUUUGAAGUUCUCUAUAAUGCACUGGAACUCUGGAGGCAAGAAGAAUUUGCACGCAUUAACCAGUCUUUCACUGGAGCUGAAAGGAAAGCUGCUUUGUGUGAACUUCUGGAAAAAGAGACCCAGAUAAUUGCUUCCAUUGGGAGACAUAGAUAUAUUGCAAAAAUGGCAAACCGGGAAGCAUUGAUACAAACUUUUUUGGAUAAGUGUUCAGCUCCAAAGGUAUGGAGAACAUUUAGUGGCAAAAUAAUUGAGAUGGAUACACAGUUCACCGUCAGAGCCAGAGAGUUGCAAAACAUCUAUAAAUGCAUUAUGCUGAAAAAUAUCUCUCAAGAUGAAAGGCUGGAUGUACUACUAACGCUUAAACAUACUGUGAAGGAACAUGAAUGUAAACUGACUCAGGAAAUUCUAGAAUUGAUUGACAGAGAAGUUGACCUUAUGAUGAGAGGGGUCAAACAUCAUAAUCUUGAAGGACUCAGAAAAAGAAUUGCAACACUCUUUUUUCAUUAUAUCAAAACACCUCUGUUUAAUCCAGAAGUUGCAAGACAUCUUAAGGUCCCUCAAGACCCGCUGAUGUUUUCUAAGAAGGUGGACUUCUGCCGCAGCUGCCGGCUCUACCUGCCCCGCACGGAGUUCGCGGCCUCGGCCGGGCCCGGGCCUCCUCCCCACGGGCGCCCCUGUCGCCGCUGCUCUGCCCUGGACCAGGAGGCCCGGCAGCGACAGUCCUUCCUGAAGCUCAAGUGCUUACUCCAGCGGCUGCACUCUGCAGAAGCCCUUUACGAAGAUGACCCCAAAAUUGCUUUCCUGAUGCAGCUACAAGACAUCCAGUACCUGGUAGAGAACAUCUGGGCUUCCCAGUCAGUGCUCAGCGCCUGGAAUGAUCUCAAUGAUCUGGUCCUGGUCAGGUGGGAUCGGUCUUUGGAAUGGUCCCCCUGGAACUGCAUUCUUCUUACCAAAGACGAAGGUGUUGCUCAUCUCAAGCUAACAAGUAUUGAGGAGGGAUAUGAACCCUUGUUUAUUCACAAGAUCAAACACAAACAUAUCCUGGCUAAGAACUACUUUUCUCACAUUCCAGUGCUGGCUUCAUUUAUACUUGAUGAUGGUGAAAUAGAUGAGAUCAGAAAAAAAUAUCACUCAGAAACAACUCCUAAGAUUAUAGUGGCCCAGAGGCCCAGUCCCUAG